CAAACAUCAUAUUUUAAAUUCCCAUGAGUAAAUUUUUUUAAAAAAUGGGACCUGCCAGUCUUUAUUCGAAAAUAAGGGGGUACCUGGCAGCAAUUUUUUGAGAAGAGGAAGAGGAGGAUAACGGAGAAGAAAUGUUAACGGAGAGAAUGACUGAUUGUCACCCCGGAGUCAGUUUUCGAAUAUCUUAAGACCAUCCAUCAAUAAUAAUCGACGAUCACAUAUGGCUACCGCUACUACAACUACUACUCCGAGAGGGCACAUAGAGGAGAUCCGGAGGAGCAAGUUCUCAAUCGGCGGAGAACCCAACCCUCUGACGGAGGACCUCCAUCAGGCGGUCAAGAACCUCUCCGCCGAGCUCUACUCCAAGGACGUCCACUUCCUCAUGGAACUCAUCCAAAAUGCGGAGGACAACGUGUACGAGGCGGGGGUGGAGCCGAGGCUGGAAUUCGUGAUCACGUCGAAGGACAUCACGGAGACGGGCGCGGAGGCGACGCUGUUGGUCUUCAACAACGAGAAGGGUUUCUCCCCUAAGAACAUUGACUCCAUUUGCAGCGUCGGGCGUUCCACCAAGAAAGGCAACCGUAACAAUGGCUACAUUGGCGAGAAAGGUCACUUACUUGACACUCCAUCAAGUCCCGUCAAAUUGCCAUAAGACAUGAUUUUAGACUCUAUCAUUUCCUGUGUUCCAAAAUCUCUAUGACAUCACACAAGUUUUUUUUUUUUCAAAUUCAUUUUAACUAUGUUAAAAUUUUGGUAUUGAAAUUAAAAUAAAACACAUACUCCCUCUGUCCCUUUUUUAUUACAAAAUUGGAAUUACAAGGUAAAAUCUUACGAUUUUUAAAUCAUUUAAAUUUACAAAUUGGUACAUUAAUAAAAAAUAAAAACUGCAUAUUAAA